AUGCUUUUUUUCGAAGGAGAUAUAUUUGUGGAACCCCAGCAUCGGCUGCACAAAGAAGAGUUUGCCUUCUCCUUGUUAAUUAUGUCAGAUAUCCAUUUAUUUUAUGAAAAUUUCAAAGAACACAUAGGAGACAUCAAUGAUGCACCAACUGCAAUAUUUUGUCUAUGUGAUAAGAAAGCUAAUUCCAGCUUCAUUAGCAGUGUUGUAGUAUUAGCUAACUUGGAAAGACGGGUUUGUUUGAAAUUUCAUGUAAAUUCUGCUGUAGAUUUCGCUACAUACGGGAAAGCACUCGAAACUGUGAAGGAGAAAAGAAAAGCACACCUUCAUCCCAGUCUCUGUAUUUUCACUUUGCUCAGCUUAAACUUGAAUAAAUCCGACUCUACUGUAUCAUUCAAUUCUGCUUUAGAAAAAGCUUCUAAUCGCCAUAUUAGAUCAUUUCCCUUGUUCCUGAGGCUGAAGAACCCAUUAGAGACUCCAAAUCAUCCUACUCAGUUAAUUUGGAAAAGGGCUGUUAGUGCUGGAUUAGCCUCACAGUUGAAAGAAAACACUUUAACUCCUCACAAGUCAGCUCAGGGAUUCAGAAAGUUGACAGAAACAGAAACAGAGGCAGACAAUAUUUCCUUACAUUCUCUUGUGAAAUGGAGUCUCACGAAUCGAUCCACCCUCCUUGUUUCUUGUGAAAAGGAGUCUUGUGAAAAGAAAGUAAACAAA